CGAAAUGGCGGCGCGGCCGCGCUGAGGGGCGCGGAGCCGCCGCCAUGAGGCUGGUGCGCGCGCUGCUGCGCGCGGCGCCGGGCAGCAUCCCGCAGCAGGUGGAUUUCUACUCGCGCUUCUCGCCCUCGCCGCUCUCCAUGAAGCAGUUCCUGGACUUCGGAUCUGAAAAUGCUUGUGAAAAGACUUCAUUUAUGUUUCUGCGACAAGAGCUGCCUGUGAGGCUGGCAAACAUAAUGAAGGAAAUCAGCCUUCUUCCAGACAACCUUCUAAGAACACCCUCAGUUCAGCUGGUGCAGAGCUGGUAUGUCCAAAGUCUCCAGGAGAUCCUUGACUUUAAGGACAAAAGUUCAGAAGAUUCAGAUGCUAUUCACAGUUUUACAGAUACUGUGAUAAAAAUCCGGAAUCGACACAAUGAUGUAAUUCCCACUAUGGCUCAAGGAGUGACGGAGUACAAGGAAAGCUUUGGCAUUGAUCCAGUGACCUCUCAAAACGUGCAGUAUUUUUUAGACCGUUUUUACAUGAGCCGCAUCUCAAUUCGAAUGCUCCUUAAUCAACACUCCUUAUUGUUUGGGGGGAAAAUUAAUCCAGCUCAUCCAAAACACAUUGGAAGCAUUGAUCCUACCUGCAACGUGGUUGAAGUUAUUAGAGAUGGCUAUGAAAGUGCUAAGAGUCUUUGUGAUUUAUAUUACAUGAGCUCUCCAGAGUUCAUCCUUGAAGAGCUGAAUGCUAAAUCACCAGGACAGCCCAUGCAAGUGGUAUACGUACCAUCACAUCUCUAUCACAUGGUUUUUGAACUUUUCAAGAAUGCAAUGAGAGCCACCAUGGAACAUAAUGCUGACCGAUGCAUUUAUCCUCCAAUUCAUGUGCAUGUCACAUUGGGCAAUGAGGAUUUAACUGUGAAGAUGAGUGAUCGUGGUGGAGGUGUUCCKAUGAGGAAAAUCGACAGAUUAUUCAACUAUAUGUAUUCAACAGCUCCACGGCCCCGUGUAGAGACAUCACGAGCUACACCGCUGGCUGGAUUUGGUUAUGGCUUGCCCAUAUCACGUCUGUAUGCACAGUACUUCCAAGGCGACCUAAAACUGUACUCUUUAGAAGGCUAUGGUACAGAUGCAGUUAUUUACAUAAAGGCCUUAUCAACGGAAUCGAUUGAGAGACUCCCUGUAUAUAACAAAGCAGCUUGGAAACACUAUAAGGGAAAUCAUGAAGCAGAUGACUGGUGUGUGCCAAGCAGUGAACCCAAGGACAUGACCACUUUUCGCAGUAUAUAAUUUUUUUUAUUUCCCUCAGAAGUUCAUAAAUAAAUACUUAUGUUUGCAAAGGGAAUGUCAACAAAUUGUUACACCAAGUAGCUAAGCUGUGUUGAAAAYGUGAAAAAAAAAAUCAAUCUAAGAAAGAAGUAGCUUAAUUCAAAUUACUGUCUUUAGUCAGUAUUCAAAAGAAUUAAGAACUGUGCAUAUUUUCAAUUUUUCAAUAAAGGUGGUCACACUUAAUUUGUUCCACCUCCUAUUUAUGAUUUCUUCCAAUAGCUAAAUCUAGGGAGCACUCUUCAGGUUUUAUAGGGACCAAUGCAACCUAUUUUAUAUCUAGUAAAACAAAGGUUAAUUCAUGCAAUUACAAAACUAUUUUAAAAGAAGAUCUGUUGACAGUUCACCAGAGGAAAUUGGUCUCUACAGAGUGUUCUAGAUUAAUGAAAAAUCUUUGUAAGAACUAGUAAGUGUAAUGCUAUACCAUUGCAGCUGUAUGGCACUUUUUAUUCCUUGAUUCUUAAGCACAUUGACGUCUAAUUUUCUGAAGUCAGAAAUCCUGCCUAAACUUUAUACUUYGAAAUUUUUUGCAGCUGUAGAAAUAACCACGUUUGGAUCUGUAGAAUUUAAAAAAAAAAAAGAAAAAAAAAAGUCUUUUAGCUGCUGCCAUUGGUAUAAUGUAUCUCAGGUAUGGUAUUAGUUGUAUUUCUUUAUAGUAUUUGGUUGUUAUGUGAAUAUUUAAUACUUAUAAACUUAUCUUGGUGUGAUCAGUGUGAACUAGCAAAUGGUGUUGGCUUGUGUACAGUAAACAUGUCUUACAAUGUUUGCUUAUAUUUCUGUAGGCAAUACCAAAACACAGUAUCAAUGUUGGAGCACGAGGAAGAUUUCAUACUCUGGGAAUGYCAGGUUACACCUGUAAAGGAAAACUAUUUUUAAUAAACAGAUUUUUAAUAUUUGCCCUUACUAGGGCAUCUGUGUUACUUUGACAGUAGAAACUAGCUUCUCAG